AUGCCCGCGAUCAGACACGCUUCCAAGCGCAAAGCCCCCCCAGAGGGGUUCAGCGACAUCGAGGAUGACCUGUUGAUCUUCAGCAACAAGAUGAAAGAUGCGCAGAAUACUCCUACAGACAACAUUCCCAAGCACCAGGCGCAAUGGCCCAUCUUCCAGAUUUCACAUCAACGGAGUCGGUACAUAUACGAGCUCUACUACAAGAAAGAGGCGAUCAGCAAGAAGCUCUACGAGUGGUUGCUAAAGAACGGCUAUGCGGACGCCAUGCUGAUUGCAAAAUGGAAAAAGGAAGGCUAUGAGAAGGAGCUAAUGAUGGUCUCCUGUUUAGUUGUGCUGCCUGCGGUGUAUUCAAACCAAGGAGACCAACUUCAACUCGACCUGUAUCUGUCGCGUACCGAGGGCUGA